AUUGACAUUAUAUUCCUUUCCGUGGUUGCCGUCGAUGUUUGAUAGGCUAUAACAAUACAUCCAUCUAAUUACUGUACCUCAGGUAUGUAUAAGUAGAUGGAGAAGUUGACGGGUUGUGUCUUGGGCUUAAGCUUGUGGGUCUGGCUGGCAGCUCCCGCCCAUCUGGUCUUGUGCGGAAUUUUAGUGCCACCGCGACGCCUCAAUUGGACAGGCGGCGGGGCAGAGGCAGAGCGUGCAGCUGGCACAUGCCGGGAGGUAAGGUACGUGCUGUUUCCCCGCUCGCGCCGGUACUCUGGCGCCUCGCCGUGGGAGGUGGCAGUUGCAGUCGCAGGCCUGAGGCAGUAAACAAAGGGGGAAAGGCGCCAGGGGCCCCGACGCGGUCCAGUCAGAAAGAGCAAGGAGGUGUCGCGACUCCAUUUUCCUUCACCCGUCAGGUUCCCAAUUUGUUUACUUGCCCAGGUGCCAAACAUCAACAUCCCAAAAAGGGUUGCUACCAACAACAAGGAAAAUCAUCCCGUCGCCCAAUCCAGUCCCGACAAGAUCGCAACACACAAACUCCCUUCACCAUACCCUCCUUUCAAUGUAAAAAGACCCUGCUCGAGCUGGCACACUCGCUCCCCUCCUCCCUCUCUUAUUUCUCCUCAACUUUCGUGCCAAUUGCGCGCCUGGUCCGCCCAGCUAGCCGUUUCGAAUCAAAUCUUGUCGUACCCUCCUCGUCCUUGUCUCGCCGAGCGAUUCCUCGACCAUUUCCUCCAUCACCACCUGUACCGACUACUACCGCGUUCCGAACUUUCUCGUGUUCCUCCCCGCGCCUCGGGGAGCGCAUAGUGUACAAGAUGUCGUCCGACGAAGCGUCCGUGUUUAGUAUGGGAGAGGAGUCCGACUUUGCGCCUGCAGUAUGUUUGCUUCCUUUUUUCUGUCUGCAGAGUAUUCCAGUCUCUGCUGGGACCCUUCACUUUCACCCUCGUGCCCCUCAUCGCAAUCCGGGGAAAGAGCAGUCGUCGCGCCUGCCUCAUCAUGGGCCGUACCCAAAUCUGGCGGUGCGCCGCGCCUGCUCUGCCUGCCCUCCACAUUGACGAACUCUCGUUUGUCGCAAACCAAUCCAUAGCCGCGAGAAUAUUCUUCACGACUGCCCUCUGUCUAUUUGCGCGAGCUCUUCACAUUCCAAACCCCCACCAGCGGUCAAACUUCUGCCACCUUGCUACCUCCUCACCACCGCACCUCCUCUGCCCUCCCGGCAAGAUGCCGAUCCUACAGCGACCCAGCCAGUUGCCGACUGCUCCUCGGAUCAUUACGCGACCCAAUACUGACCCGCCACAGAAGCCCAAGGCAAAGGCAGCAGCCGCCAAGAAGGCGCCAGCGAAGAAGCUG